GUUUGGUCCAAUGGAUUCCCCGGCGGCGGCAGCGUUGGUCGCGUCCAUUGCGGCGCAAGGCGACAAAGUGCGCGACCUCAAGGCCCAGAAAGCCUCCAAGGAACAGGUGAUGGAAGCCGUCAACACGCUGUUAGCGUUGAAGGCGCAAUUCAAAACUGCGACUGGGACCGACUAUGUUGACCCGAACGCGAAACCAAAGGAAAAGCCCAAGGAAAAGCCCAAGUCGGUGGACGCUCCUCCCGCGGACCCGACGAAGAAGAGCAAGAAGGAGCUGAACAAGGAGAAGAAGAAGGAAAAGAAGGCUGGGAUCAAGGAAGCCGGCAACAACAACAAUGCCGAGUCCACCGCGCCUGUGAACGCGAAGAAGGAUGCCAAGAAACCCGCGCCCUUGACGAUCGAUUCCAAGUCGCCAGUGUUUGUGCAAGCUCCUCCUGCCGCUUCCGACAAACCGACCGUGUACUACACGGCCGGCCACCUUCCCCGCACCUCUUUUGCCGUCGCGACCUUGUUGAAAGGCGCUGGUUUGGAUGCUGCAUUUGUCAACUUUACGAUUCCCCACGCGUUGCCCGUGUUGGUGCUUCCCACGGGCAAGGUCAUCAACGGCGAUAUCGCGAUUGCUCGAUACUUUUGCCGCAUCGUCCCCGACGCUGGGCUCUACGGUCUGUCCUCGGAGCCCACCUUAAUGGGCGAGAUCGACGGAUGGGUCGGAUAUGCGCAGAGCCACGUGCAUGCAUCGACGGUGCCCGCGGCGUUCCUGGACGCGAUCUUGGCUGAGCGCACGUUUCUCGUCGGAUUUGGCUUGACGUUGGCGGACAUUGCCAUCUACUCGGCGCUGGCGGCGGUUCAAUUUGAGACCGAUGCGGAAAAAUAUCCUCACCUGUCGCGCUGGUUUACGUACUUGCGCCCGAUCUUGUCCAAGGAAAGUCUGGCGCUCAAGGAUUUGUCGUCUCCGCGCAACGCCCCGGGCUCGCCAAAGAAGGCCGCCGCUGCCCAGGACAAGUCGACUUUCGUGAGCCAAAAGGGCAAGUCGACUGGGAGCUGUCCGCCGUUGGAAGGCGCAAUCGUCGGCCAAGUGGUGACGCGGUUCCCGCCCGAACCGAGUGGUUUCCUCCAUAUCGGGCACAUCAAAGCGUGCAUGCUCAACGAUUACUACGCGCGCCACUACCAAGGCAAGCUCAUCGUGCGCUUUGACGACACCAACCCGUCCAAGGAAAAGGACGAGUUUGAGCAAGCGAUUUUGCAAGACUUGGAGCGGUUGAAUAUUAAGCCCGACAUUGUCACGUACACGUCCGACAGCUUCCCGAUCAUCAUCGAGUACGCGCGCCAGUUGAUCAAGGACGGUCUUGGGUACAUGGACAACACGUCCCAGGAGCAAAUGCGCGAAGAACGCAUGGUCGGCAUCGAUUCCGUCAACCGCAAUACGUCGGUGGCGGUCAACUUGGACUUGUUUGAAAAGCUCUUGGUCGCGGACCCGGCCGCCGCCGGCUACUGCCUCCGCGGGAAAAUCGACAUGCAGGCCAAGAACAAAACCCUUCGGGACCCCGUGUUUUUCCGCGCCAACGUGAAAGACCCCCACCACCGCACGGGCACCAAGUACAAAGCGUACCCGACGUACGACUUUGCGUGCCCGAUUGUCGAUUCGACGGAAGGCGUGACCCAUGCGCUUCGGACGACCGAAUACAACGACCGCGACGCGCAGUACCAAUGGGUGAUCCAAGCGCUCAAGCUGCGCCCGGUUCGCAUCCACGCGUUUGCCCGCAUGAACUUUGUGCAUUCUGUCCUGAGCAAGCGCAAGUUGCAGUGGUUUGUCGAUCAUGGACACGUUGCCGGAUGGAACGAUCCGCGCUUCCCGACUGUCCAAGGCGUCCUUCGUCGCGGGGUCACGGUCGAAGGGCUGCGCGAAUUCAUCAUCAGUCAAGGCGCGUCGCGCCGCAUCACGGACAUGGAAUGGGACAAGUUUUGGACGAUCAACAAAAAGGUCAUCGACCCGAUUGCCCCGCGGUACUUUGCGCUCGACGCCAACCGCGCCGUGCGGUUGACUGUCCACGGCCUCCCCUUCACGGGCGUCCAAGGGUUUCCGACCGCGCUGCACCCGAAAAGUCCCGAAAUGGGCGACAACAUCAAGCGCUUGGGCAGCGAUCUGCUCGUCGAACGCGACGACGCCAACCAUUUUGUCGUUGGCGAGGACGUGACGCUCAUGCGAUUUGGCAACGUCACGAUUACGGCGAUAAACAAGUCCAAGGACGGCGAGAUCCUGUCGGUGGAUGCGCAGAAUCACCCGGAAGGCGACUUCAAGACGACCAAGCUCAAGAUCACGUGGCUCGCGCAUGUCGACGAUGUCGUGCCAGCGACGCUCGUCGAGUUUGACCACUUGAUUAGCAAGCCCAAGUUGGAAGAAUCGGACAAUUUCCAGGACCACCUGACGCCCGUCACCCGCGCCGAAAUGCACGCGAUCGGCGACCACGGGCUGCGCAACCUCCAAGCCGGCCAAGUGAUUCAGUUGGAACGCCGCGGGUACUUUCGCGUCGACCAGCCGUACAUCUCCAAGGACCGUCCGUUGGUGCUGUUUAUGAUCCCCGACGGCAAGCAGCGCGCCAUGUCGACGCUGUCGACGAACCUUGCCCAUCGUUAGAUGUUGUUGGCAGCGUCGCCACGACUGAUACCCAUUGCCCAAUUCGAUCCUUUCUCUCUGGGACGUUCAUCCAAGCA